UCAUUUAAAAUUAGGACAUAGAUAUGAUCGAGUUACGAAGUCCUGCACUAAGCUAUAAAUAAGUUGCAAAUAUCGUCAGUUGCGUCAAUCUAUUUAUGUAUCAAUCAAGUGAAUCAACGUGGUUCUUUGAGAAUGAUUCAGAUGAAGGCGUUGUGCAUCCUUCUAAUGUGCUUGAGCACAUGCGUCGCCUUUCGCUGUACACGUCAAGGCACUUCUAAAUGCCAACGACUGCAAUGCACUGAAAUGACUCAAGAGUCAAUGGAGUCCACUCAUCUACCCAAACCAGACGCCCACUGCACCAAUCUCUACGUGACGGGAUCAGUAAUCGGAAAUAUCACGAAGAUAUUUUACCAAAACUACGAGGAAAUAAAUUUGAAUAAUGCCAAAAUUGAAACUAUCGCCGAUGGGGUUUUCGAGGAUUUUCCCAACUUGAGAGUUUUACACUUGGGAAAAAAUGCUCUGGAAGACAUCCGUUUAACCAACCUGUCAUCCUUGCAGGAGCUCUACCUGGAGGGGAACGCACUUAAACGUCUGAGUAGUUUACCGACAUCACCAAAAUUGGAAGUUCUUCACGUCUCGUUUAACAAGCUCACCAAGAUCGAUUCCUGCAACUUUCCACAGUUGAAAUUCUUCAGCGCUAGCACCAACAACUUGACCUCCAUCGGUGAUUGCCUGGAAAAUGGCACAAACUUGCUAAGCGUUAAUUUAGGUUUCAACAACAUUGAGCGUGUCACCAAGAAAUGCUUGGAGCAGUUAACGAGCUUACGCGAACUGCUACUGAACAACAACCAAAUUAACACCAUUGAAGAUGGUUCCUUUGAUCGCCUGAUCAAUUUGCGCUACCUGCGUCUAGACAACAAUAACCUUCAGGUCAUACCAAGUAGAGCCUUCGCUUCACUCACCGUCCUAAGGGGACUUAACCUCAUCAACAACAAACUGACAUCCUUCGAACCUUACACCUUUAAGAAUUUGUCCGAAUUGCAAGUGCUGCUGUUCUUCGGAAACCGAUUAACUAAAAUCGUCAAGAACACGUUUUCAGGUCUCGAAGCCUUGCGCAGUUUGCACGUGAACGACAUGCAGGUUUCGGAAAUUGAACUGAGCGCCUUCGCCGGAUUAAACAGUCUCACAUACCUGGGUCUGAGCAACAACCCAAUCACAACGCUCAAACCGGAAACGUUCAAAGAGCUGAAGAACUUGAAAGACCUCAACUUAUCGAACAACACCCUAGAGACCACCCCUAACAUGUUUCAAGGGUUACACAACGUCACCAGCCUCAACUUGAGGUCGUGCACUAUCACCACAUUAACCACGGACACGUUCGUAGGAUUAGACAAGCUGACCCGCCUGUACCUACCCAACGUGCAGAUUCGGUCCAUCGAACCGGGCGCGUUUAACGCUCUAUACGCGCUCAAAACGCUCACCUUGAACGAUAACCACCUAGAGAUCCUACCCGAUGAUGCUUUCGCGGGCCUGUCCGAACUGGACGAGCUGGAUUUGAGUAACAACGAGAUCGCCGCGAUCGGCACCAACGCGUUUGAGGAGCUGGUCAAGUUGAACACGUUAAAAAUCGAAAACAACCGACUGAAAGAGCUCAAACAUGACGUCUUCGUUGGGCUGAUUAAUGUCCGCGCGCUAAAUUUAACCGGGCAGCUGUUGGGGAAGAUUGAAUCGGGCGCCUUUAAUGGGCUACACAGCUUGGAAACCCUCGACUUGAGUAGAAAUAAUCUCAGUGAGCUUACCAAAGGUGCCUUUGCUGAUUUGCCGAGCUUGGCCUACCUCGAUUUGAGUCACAACAGUAUCAUGGGGCUGCAGCCCAAGGUCCUAGCCGGCUGCGCGAACUUAAAAAUAUUGAAGCUAUACCGGUCUGGUUUGCGUUCGUUAGGACGUGACGUAUUUUUCAACUUGAAUCACUUGAGCUCACUGAACGUGAGCGGAAAUGAUGUUGGUGGCUUAAGCUAUGGUGCUUUUACUGGAUUGAGCGCGCUCGAAACACUCGAUUUGGGUGGUUUAAACAUUGAGAAAGUUGAAAGUGGCGCGUUUAAUAGUUUGGGCCAGCUGAAACGCUUAAAUUUGGCUGGGAAUCCGAUGAUAAGCCUCAAACCGCGAACGUUUCUCGGGUUGUCCAAACUGAGCGAAUUGCAUUUGAGUACCAAUCUCGAGAACAUUGAAACGCAAGCCUUUAAUGGUCUGACGUACUUGGAGAUCCUGCGGGUGCACAACGCCAGCUUAAUCGAUUUAAAUCGAUACUCCUUUACGGGAUUGGUCAACCUGAAGAAGCUCCACUUUGUGGAGACCACCAUUGGUUCGCUGAACCAGGGCGCUUUUGAUGGUCUAACCAAUUUGAACAGCUUGCGGUUUCAAAACUGCACCAUUCGCGCUCUUAAGAAAGGCGCAUUUGCAGGUAUGGUAAAGGUCAACAUUGACAAUGACCAAUCGUGCGGUAACCAUGCGACUUACCAUCGGUAUUUGUACAACUUUUGCAGUAUGGGCAUUAGAGUCAUCGAAUCGGGCGCGUUUCCCGAAAUUCGAACAGUCGAAGGACAAAAUGUAAUGGUCGAACUAAACCUAAACGACAAUCAGUUGUCUGAAAUCGUGACCAAUAACUUCGUCGGUAUGGAAGCCUUGAAGCGACUCACACUAGUUCGUAACGAAAUUUCAAGCCUGCAAGCAGACGCGUUCGUGACAUUAGCCAAUCUCGAAACUCUGAAUCUAACCAGUAACUCACUUUCGUCGCUGAGCACCCAGCCAUUUAAUGGAUUAGUAAAGCUUCUGCACCUGGACUUAUCCCGCAACAAACUUCAGUCCAUAAAUGUCCUCCAGCUGCAGUCGCUCAAGGUUCUGAGGAAUUUGGACAUGAGCGAAAACGCGCUCACCGAGCUGAAGAACCUGGGAAGUCUCCCCAUUGAAACUCUAAAAGUGGGCAGUAACAGAAUCGCAAGAAUAAGAGAUGGUACCCUAGAGAACCUCACCAACUUGCAACAGCUCAACGUCUCACACAACGAUUUAACCAAGUUUCACCAUUCCAUCCCGUCCCUUACCAGUCUCACCAUCAACUCGAAUAAUUUAAAAUCCUUCAACGUCGACCUUUUUCCACGAUUGAAAGCAGUGGAGCUCUCCGACAACCAAAUUUCAUGUACCGAUCUUCCGCGCAUACUCGAAGCGUUAAGAAACCAAAGCGUUACCUACGCCUGGAGACCGAGCUGCAUUAUACUCGACAAGGAUCCGAGUCAACUUGAGACUCGCAUGUCGCUUUUGUUCGGCGACGUCCAGCGCGCGCUCGGUUCCUCCUCGAACCUCAGUACCUUCCAAAUAUUGCUCAUAGCGUCAUUUUUCAUCAUUUGCGCCACGCAGUUGGUAAUCGUGAUCAAAUGUUGCCUAAUUAGGAAACGAAAGGGAGCCAGUAGAUUGCCGCCGAUUGAAAUGUUCGAUAGCGGUAGAACGAGAUUAAUUACGGUCUAGAAGAUUUGUUUUUGUUUGCUAUUUAUUUUUAUUUAUACGAUAUGUUGUAAGCUGUAUUUGUUUAAUAAAUAUUUAUUUCGUA